CUGCGAAAAGCAUCGGACUCGAAAUGAUUAUCAUAUCUUGUUAAAUAUAUUCUCUCCGGACUUGAAAAAGUUUAUACAUAAUAAGGUCGAAAACCCCAUUUCUAGUCAUUCUUUCUCUUUCUCCUACUGAAACAGUGGGAAAAACUAUUCGACCUGUUUUCUUCAUAAAAACUAGAUCGAGAGUUUUGGAGAGAAAGAGAAAGGAAAAAAAAAAUUAGGGUUUUGAUUCUGUCUGGUUUAUUUGAAGAAAGUUAAAGAUCUAGAGAUAUGAGAGAGAUUAUUAGUAUUCACAUUGGUCAAGCUGGUAUUCAGGUUGGAAAUUCUUGUUGGGAGCUUUAUUGUCUUGAACAUGGAAUUCAGCCCGAUGGUAUCAUGCCUAGUGAUAACUCGGUAGGAGUAGCGCACGAUGCUUUUAACACCUUCUUCAGUGAGACUGGUGCUGGCAAACACGUUCCUAGAGCUAUCUUUGUCGAUCUAGAACCCACAGUCAUCGAUGAAGUUAGGACUGGAACUUAUAGACAACUUUUCCAUCCCGAGCAACUAAUUUCUGGUAAAGAAGAUGCUGCCAAUAACUUCGCAAGAGGACAUUAUACAGUUGGAAAGGAGAUUGUGGACCUUUGCCUUGAUAGAGUUAGGAAACUAGCAGACAACUGCACUGGCUUGCAAGGAUUUUUGGUAUUUAGUGCUGUAGGUGGUGGUACUGGUUCUGGUUUGGGAUCUCUACUGUUAGAGCGCUUGUCCGUAGAUUAUGGAAAGAAGUCUAAGCUUGGUUUCACCAUCUAUCCCUCUCCUCAGGUCUCCACUGCAGUUGUGGAACCAUACAACAGUGUACUGUCUACUCAUUCCCUCCUUGAACACACAGAUGUGGCAGUACUGUUGGACAAUGAAGCUAUUUAUGAUAUUUGCCGUAGAUCCCUUGACAUCGAGAGGCCAACAUACACAAAUUUGAACCGUUUGAUAUCUCAAGUCAUAUCAUCUUUGACUACUUCCUUGAGGUUUGACGGAGCCAUCAAUGUGGAUGUUACCGAAUUCCAGACUAAUCUUGUACCAUACCCUAGGAUCCACUUCAUGCUCUCGUCGUACGCUCCUGUCAUCUCCACAGAGAAGGCAUACCAUGAGCAGCUAUCAGUUCCCGAGAUCACAAGUGCAGUGUUUGAGCCUUCAAGCAUGAUGGCCAAGUGCGAUCCAAGGCAUGGAAAAUACAUGGCUUGCUGUUUGAUGUACCGUGGUGACGUUGUUCCAAAGGACGUUAAUGCUGCUGUGGCUACUAUCAAGACCAAACGGACUGUUCAAUUUGUUGACUGGUGUCCAACUGGUUUCAAGUGUGGUAUCAACUAUCAGCCCCCAACUGUGGUACCAGGUGGUGAUCUAGCUAAGGUGCAACGUGCAGUAUGCAUGAUCAGCAACAACACUGCAGUUGCAGAGGUGUUCUCACGUAUCGAUCACAAAUUUGAUCUCAUGUAUGCCAAACGUGCAUUUGUUCAUUGGUAUGUUGGUGAAGGUAUGGAAGAAGGUGAAUUCUCUGAAGCUAGAGAGGAUCUUGCUGCACUUGAGAAAGACUAUGAGGAAGUUGGUGCCGAGGGUGUGGACGAAGAAGGUGAUGAUGAAGAUUAUUGAUAAUGCCUUCCUUCAGAACAAAAUUGUUCAGCUCAUCUGGAAUCUUAAUCCUGUACUUCAGUUGUUUUCUCUCUUCUCAGUUGUGUCAAUGUGUAAUCAAAUCAUCAUUAGAUUCAUCUCCUGUAACUUCUGAAUUGCUCUUGUUGUGAUCGUAUAGUUUGUCUUUUGCUUAUGAUAUUAUCUGGAGAUAAUGUUGAUUCUUUUCUUCUCAUUCUCAAGGAAUUCAAGUUGGUAUUGUUAAUUAGUACUCCA